CCUCUCACCACCCAACCCCCCGAAACCGUCCAGUCCCCGCCUGCUCUGCUGCUUUCGCCUGGUGACCAUCUGCGCAUUUCCAGAGGGCGAAAUUUCACCUACCGAAACAGCCUUUUUUCUCCUCCCCAUCGCUGUUGCAGAUCCGGGAGAGCGCCAAUUAUCGCGGUUGAGAAGUCGCAGGUACUGUACAGGGUGACUGUCUAAAGUGUGCUCGGCUCCCACAAAUCCGCACCGGCCUCGACGCAUCGGCAGUAGCAGCCCGACACAGAUCUCACCGUCGUCGUCGUCAUUCUCGGCCCACCCCCAAAACCCAGUCUCGGUUGAUUUGCAGAGAGACCCGAAUUGAGAAAAAAAGCAUGCUCCACCAUCAGAUACCAGGCCCGUAUGGCCAGAUGCCUUUUGGCAAUGCUUCCACUUCCGCUCCCACUUUGCCGAGAAACCAAGGGCAGGGCGGUCAGAAUCAGAUGCAACAUGUGGAUGGCUCCUAUGGCGGAGCACUUCACAACCAGCAGCAACAGCAGCAGGCCAUGCAGUACAAUGGCGUCAACGCCCCGGCUCCGGCUUCCUCCAUGAUGAUGCCACAAACCGGACAACCUCAGCACUAUCCUUAUGCCUUUGCACAACCCGGGCUCGCCUCGGCGGCCGUCGUGUCGCCUCAACAGCUAGACUUUCCCCGACAAAGCAAUUCACCGCAACAAGGUCUACCGACGAAUGCAAUUGAACAAAACCCAUAUGCACCCAAGCAAUUCCCCAUGGCUGCUCCUCUUGUGCAGUCACAGGCCCCCGGCAAUGCGGUCCCGCAGCAACAACAGCAACUGCCCAAUAUGGCACAGCAUUCCAUACCUUCACCGCAAUCGCCUCAAUCGCCAGCAAGCCAAGUUCGUGAGCCACAACGGAUCAACCUGUUGUUGGACAUCAAUGGUAUUCUCUUGAAACGUCUCAGUGAUUUGCAAGCCCAAGACCAGGGAGGAGCCAUCACGCCUCAGCAAGCUCUACAGCUAAAAAAGGAAGGCAAGCCAGACAAGAUGGCUUCAGACGAGUACAUCCAAAUCGUUAAGCGUCUUCAGGGCAAUCUUUCGUAUCUUUCGCCCGGUAAACCCAAGCAGUUCCCGGGUCCCGCGUUCCUUUCGCCUCCACCUCAGAUGCCAGAGUUACAACCCCUGUACGAGCAACUCAAAGACUUAUUUCCUGGCUGGCCCGGAAUUGAGAACAUGCGGUCCGGCGUGCAGUCUUCCCCUCGCACGAACUCCAUGCAUUCUAUGAAUUCUACGAACGGCACGACAUAUGGGCAAACUCUACAAUAAUGCAAAAAUUUCUUGAGUCCCAUGUACAAGGCCGGAGCGGAGCUGGCUUCAAGAUAUAAUGGCACGCGUUGGUCGCCGCCGGCUACGCUUACAGCAAGCCUUCUACCUUUGGACUGUGAUUGAUACCCAACACUGUAAAUUUUACCUUUCGAAAACAAGGAAACUCGGCGUUUGCUUAUAGAAGGAGUUUGAUUGGGAAAUGCUUGGAUCGGAGUUGCAAAACGAAAAAUAGAAGUCAUACGGGAGGUGCGUUUGUGUCAUGAAAUUUUACCAAUGUUCUAAGAUUAUCCACAGUUCGCAAGAACAUAUUUAUACUCUCAC